GUUCAUUUUUUAUUUAUUGAAUUCUCAAAUGGUAACAACUACAUACAUGACCUUCAUCAUAGCAACACAUACAUUGUACUUUAAAAAAAAAACACAUCUACUAGUAAUUCUGUAUUCUUUGUAGUAAUAUUAUUCUAGUUUAGAAAGAGACUUCUCACAAAGAACUUGCAUUAUACUUUAUUUUACCUAUGAAUAAUAUUCAGAACAAUUUUCUUCUUUUUCCUUUGGUAAGAUUCUUUAAUUUCAAAACUUUCAUCAAAUGUCAGCUACAGAACAAAAUCUUCCCUUAAAAGUUUUACUCUAUAAUUUUCCCUUUUUUUUUUAAAGCUUUCUUUAACUAAAUCAGUAACAAUUUGCCAGUAAACCUUUUUUUUUUUUUGCUCAACAUUUAGUGUUGAAAUAAAUUGCAAAUAAACUGAAUUUAUUAACAACAAAAACCAGUAGAUGGAGGAACCAUAACCAGUUUUGCUUUGCCAGUUUACAUGAGGUCCGUUUCUGGAAGAAUAAAAGCAGAAAAAGACAAAUAUUCUACAUAUACUAUUGCUACAGCCGUGAUGUAUUUUUAUUUCUUCCAGAGGAAUAUCAAUAAAAAGAAUUUCAGUUUACCUGCAGCAAAGGUAGAAGAAAAAUCAGAUUUCACUUAGGUAUUAAAAAUUUUGAACUUAGUUCCAAGAGUUAACAGUAAAUUCAGUUAUUGUUGCUGAAUUUGUAUUAAAAAAAAUGUUAAAAUAGAUGUCAACAAAAAAAUAAACAACCAUUGUAUGAUUAAUUGGAUGAGAUCAUGUCUAUCAGAUGAAAGCAAAUAGUUGUGUUAUUUGAUCAAAAAGGAAACAGAAUACAAUAUCAUCAUUCUGCAUUGUGAACUGUAAAGUCUUGCAAGGACACUACAAGAACCUAUAUUUUUUUUAUUUGUGAAUGAUCCCCCAUCAAAAAUGGAAAAAAAUAAACAUUGCUAUUUGUUGAAGACAAAAAUACAAUAUUGGAGGAAAAAUAACUGAUGACCAAGAAAACAGCGAGCCUAGACAUUGACAAAUUAAUUUAAAGCAUGCACUAAAACAAACUAAUCAUAAAUAGUGGCGAAACAAUCACAAUUCCAUUCCAUAACUCCCACCAAAUUUAUUUUAACCUAGAGGGCAAAAGUACCAUACAAAACAAAAUUUCUUGGAAUCACCACACAAUUCAGUCUUAAGUGAAACUCACACUAGAGAGAAAAAAAUAAUUUAAAUUGGCCCUUGGGAUAAUAACAAGAAACAGUACCAUCAAAAGUCCAGUGUUUGAAAAUGUUCACUGUAUCCUCAAAGAUGAAAUAAUUAUCUGGGGCUAAGCACCAGAAACAUAGCAAACCUUUAAAAUUCGAAAAAGAAACAUCCGAACUAUAACAAACCCAAAAAUAACAUUCCUGUCAACCCCAAUUUCAAAAACUUCAGUUCCCACAAACCUUAGAUUUUAUUUUUCAGCUUUGCGACCGUUAAUGGAAGAUGGUUUCUUUUAAUGGAAUACAUGUACUAAUGGUAUUAUUCAUAUACAAAGUCGUAUGUUUGUUACCACAAACCUAAUCAAUAAUGAUACUUCCUAUAUAUUUAUGCUCACACUACACAUGAUGAUCAUAUCACCAACCACUUGGGACAUUCACAUUACGUGAAAAAAAGUAUAUACUUCCACAAAUAUAAUUUAACAAAUUACUGAAACAUCUGAAAGACAUUACAGGGUUAUACAGAUUCAAAAAUAAACUCAGACAUUACUUUCUGCUGAUAUUUGUCUAGUGUUCAGAACUUUAUUGAUGACUAACAAUUUGACUUCAAGUAACCGCAGUACAUUUGGUGCACAAUUACAAAACCAGGCAAAUUCUUUCCUGCUCCUGAAGCUAAUUGUGUGUGGUGGUUCAAGAUCAACCUCAUCACUCUGACCACGACACAGUGUCAUCAUUAAUAUAUUAGUAUUGAAACUAUCUUAGAUUCUUUUGUUUCUAUGAAGCAAUAACCAAUCAGGUUAGUUAUACACAAUUGUAAUUGAGUAACUCAAUAAAUUAAUUCUAUAUUAUUAUUACUAAUAUUAUUUUUAAAAAAUUUCGAAGAAAAAUUAUUCUUUUGAAACUGACUUUAUCUCAUUUCUUUGCUAACAAAAAUCAUGUCCCUACGGUAUCAACCACAUGUCUCCAAUAUUAGCACACUUUUGGAUUUGAAAUGAAAAUUUUAAAUAUUUUUGUAGGUUUGAUCUUCAUAUUAGUAAAGCAGAUUAUUUUUUUAAUCACCAAACCUUUAAACAGAGCCUGAUUUAAAAAAUCUAGAUUCAACUAAAAAUUGAAGCUGCCAAAUUCUUGUUCUCUGCUUUUGGAUUGGUCUUCAACAUUUGGUUCCUGAGGUAUCAGAAUGCCAUUCUGUUGCACUCCACCAGAAAUGAAGCUCUGCCUUUAAAUUAUGCUACUAUACUUUCAAUAUGAAAAGAAACACCUUUAAAACUGUAUUACAAUGCAAUUGAGAUUAAAGCAUCUCUAAUUACUAGCACUGGAGCUCUAAGAUCACCAAGAGAAGCACAAUUUAAAUAUGGUCCGAGUGCAAUUACGUAGCAAAGGAGGAAAAAGUAUAUCUAGCACACGAGUAAUAAUUAGUGUGAAUUAAAUUUAUUAAACCUUAAAAUCAAACAUACAUAGGCAUUUCAAUAACACGAUUGCCUUCUAGUAUUUCUUUUGACAAUGUAUUAUACUAGCAACAAAGGAGCAACUCCUCAUGGUAUCAAGUAAAGGUUUUAAGCAAUGGAACCCUACAUACUACCCAUAAAUAACUAAAAAGGCCUCAACAGUAAAGGCUCUUAGAUUAGCAAUUCCACUGAUGAAAACACGUUAAAACUUAUCUUCAGCGAAACAUUGAUAAAUACAGAGUUUAAAAGGAUUUGAUUAUUUAAUCUCCCGUGUUUUAUUUCCAGAAAGAUCUUAGUAAUCAUUCUUAUGACACAACUUAAGCACUAAUAAAAUUCUUGUUUUGUAUGUUUACAUAACUCUCGGUACAAUGCAAACUCAGAUAAUUUACUUUGGUGAGCGUAAGAAAACAAUCAGAUUUUUCAUCACACAACACUGGCACAAUCAGUUUGUCACAGAUUUUGGCAAAUGUAUCAUACUAUAUUUAAGUUAAAAUAAAGAAGAGCUAAAUCAUAUUGACAGCCCUUAAUAUCAAUUACUUUAGACUAAACAAGAAUCCUGAAAAAUAACAAACAUAAUCACCGAAUAGAAUUAACCCCAUCAAAAUGAAUUCUGAAAUUUUAGAUUCCCUGAUUAUUGUUAUUACUUCAAUGGGAAUUCUACAAAGUAAAACACACACAAAACACUUUAAUACAAUCAGUGAGACCACAUCAAUAUUCUAGGGUAUGCUGAACUGAGCAUAUCAAAGAAAAUCAUUUUAUAUUUCAUCACAAUAUAUAAUAAAAUUUGUUUGAUAAAAAAAGUACUUCAAUUGAUUCAAUAUAUAUGUGGCGCAGGACAGGGAUGGUAUCACUGGGUAUUCUGAAGGAAACAAUAUACUUUGAUUCAAUUUAUUAACUUCUGACAAGAUACUGUCAAUGGUCGCUACAUUCACCUAAGAUGUAACAAAGGCAAUAAAAUACAUGAUUGAAGCAAGUAAGCUACGCUUAGUACUUUGUCUUUUCAAUAAACUUAAAUACGCUUAUUUGGUAGUUAGGGGUUGUCGAAGCAUGCAAUCAGAAGUUUGUAUUCAGUUCUCGCAUUUAAUACGGACUAAUGAUAGCUUUCUUGCCAACAGUACUGCUAGCUGAGCUGUGAAUAAUUCAAUACAUUAAGAGGUGUGGUACGUACAGAAGAGAUAAUUUCUUUCAAAAUUUCGUACUGUUGAAAUAAAAACAAAAAUACUUCAAUUAAUAAUACAGCUGUCGGAAAAUUUUCCUGCAUGAACUUUGAGAUGUAUUUUUAAACUACUAUCCUGACGGAAACUCUGAUCGCAUAUUUUACAUCUGAAAGGGUGUUCUGAGAAACAGCCAUUGUGAGUUUCUUUACUAUAUGGUUUUUUAGGAAUAAUACCACUAUAAGUUCUUCGAACAUCUACAGAACCAGUUGUCCUCUCACUUCUUUUUGAAGCAGAGCUACACUUGUCCUGCUUAUCUAAUAGUGUCCACAGUUUACUCUUCUUUAUAUCCACAGCAGCUUCCGAUUCCUCUGAAAUUUCCUCAAUGAUUCUCACCUUCUCAAAAGGGAGCUUUGUAGGCUCACCGAGUCCAUUGGACUCACUCCGCAUUGCCAAUUUCAGUACAAAGUCAAAAUCAUCAUUUGUCUUUGUGUCUUCAAUGAACCUUUGAGUGUCUUUAUGCAGGGCAAGCUCAGCACCAGAUAAAGUCAUGUUAUAAUCAUUGUCAGGUUCUAUUGUGUCCUCCUCUUCUGAUUGUUCCUCAUUUGUCACACACUGAGGCAAUUUGUCACUAAAGUUUGGAAAUACUAUAAUUUCUACAGGAGAAUUUGAAUCAGAUUCUUCACAAUGUGAUUGAGAUGAGUUUUCAGUAGUAGCUAUUUCACAUUCCAUAACGCAAAAAUCUUCUGGAAACUCUGUACUGUUGUUGUUUUCCAUUUUCUCAACGUAUACGAUUUCACCGUUUUCAUUUUCUUGUAUCUCUACACACACCACUUCGACGCUUUCCAUUUUUUAACCUUUCAAAUCAACAAAUAAGUGAGUAUUAUGAAGAAUAUCUCAACUAAUCUCGCCUUCCAAGACAACGCGAUUUACUUUCAAAAUACUCGAAUGUUUGUAAUUUAAUCCAAUUAGCAGAGACUGAGGUAAAGUUUAUAUUUUUAUUUAUAUAUAUGAUGAGUAAUAGUUGGAAAUAAAAUAACACAAUUCAUCUUCUCCAGACUUAACACCACACUUUUAUUCUAUGCAAACUGAGCAUUUAACAUGCACUACGACGAGUUAACCCAUCGCGUUCUACAGCCGUAUAUUCGAGUCCAUUCCGGUCCAACAUUCUUCACAACGCUGAAGCAGUUCACACCAAUCCACAGUAAAUAAUAACUGAGGAACACUUCCAUGUGCUGCUAUGAAGUAUAAUAUUGCAGUUCAACUAACUCCUUAAAAUCUAAUGGACGACUGAGAAUACUUAAAGCUUUACACUUAUCAAGCGCGCAACCAGCUGCUAUCCUUCCCACUUCGCGCCUUUCGCACGCUAUUGCGGCUAUUGCACUGUUUAGGCCCACAGCAACCCGCAGCGAAAUCCCGCCUAGUUACCGUAACGUUUGACUAAUUGCAAUUCAAUAAGAUCUGUCAAAACAUCAUGGGUUUUGCAUGUAAUUUUUAAUUAGCUGCUCGAAUUUUUUAAAUUCACAUCUUUAGUACGAAGAGUUUGUAUUUCAAUAAUUCCAAAACAGAACGAUCUUACAAGCUAUUCGCUAUCUUUUAGUGUAAUACCCCACUAAGAACUUUAUCAAUAAACUAGAUGCUUUGUUCUUCUAACCUCCAGAUAUCAUUCUGAUACUAGAUGUUCCAGGCGUUGCCUCAACAAAGGAACUUCGGAGAUUAUGGAAAAUGCAGUAUAGAGAAGUAACUAUCAUGGAAGAUGAUAACAAGGAAAAAGAAGAUAAAUGGAAUGGGGAAGAUGUAACUCCGUACCCAGUUCAUUGGAAAUUCUGUCUUCCUCAAAUAUUAGCAUGCAGUAUUGCCCAUUCUUUGGUGAUAAACUGUGGAAUUAACUUAGUUUUCUCAGCUAUUCUUCUGCCUCAGCUAAUGUCAGCAGACAGCGCAUUGCCAAUCACAAAAGAAGAUGCUUCAUGGAUUGCAAGUUUAGUGGCAAUCGCCACUCCUGUCGGUGCGCUCUUGACAGGACCAGUAAUGGAUAAGUUGGGCAGAAAAAGAGGAUGCCAGAUUUGCUCAUUUACAAUGAUUGCAUCAUGGGCAUUCAUAUCAAUAUCAAAGAGUGUCACAAUGUUAUGCUUUUCAAGACUGUUAUGCGGAAUAUCUACUGGUCUUUCCACUGUCACUAUGGUGUAUGUCUCAGAAAUAUCUCAUCCACGUGUCAGAGCUGCAUUGCUUUGUUUGAAUAGUGUAUUCUUUUCCCUCGGUAUUCUUCUAACAUGCAUAGCCGGAUCAUGGUUAACAUGGAAAAUAACUGCUAUUUGUUCGUUUUUCCUACUUUGGUUCUUGCCAGAGAGUCCCCAUUGGUUAACACUUGUUAGCAAAGGAGAUGAAAAUUGUACUUACUGGGAAAAGACGGAAUCUUCUCUUCGUUGGCUCUAUAGAAAUGAACUUAUUGCUCUGCAGGAAAUAGAAUGCAUGAAAAAGAAACUAAAUGAUGUUAAAGAGAUGAAGUCUUUAUCAUUAUCUGAGAGUCUGAAGUGUCUUCGACAGAAAUCUGUGAUAAAACCUUUCUUUCUGCUUAUAGGCUUAUUUAUUUUGCAACAAUUUUCUGGGGCAUAUGUUUUAAUAUUUUAUGCAGUUGAUUUAUUUAAAAUAGUUGGAGGGAAAUCAACAAAACUGGGGGCUAGUAUUGAUGCACUGAAAGCAUUAAUAUUAAUGGGUGCUAUUAGGUUUGUCAUGAGUUGUAUUGUAUCAAGUGUAUCUCAAAAAUUAGGUAGGAGGCCUCUUUUAAUGACUUCAUACAUAGGCAUGUCAAUUGCAUCAUUGGUUCUUGGUAUAUGCCUCUAUUCUAGCAAAACUGAAUCAAAUUUAUUUAGUGACAAUAUUGAUGAAGGUCACUUAUUGCCUGUAGUGUGUCUAUUACUGUUUGUAUGUUUUAGUGCAUUAGGAGUACUUGUAAUUCCAUGGACAUUACCUGUAGAGCUUCUUCCUGUUCAAAUGCGUGGUGUUGGUGGAGGUAUAAUGGUAUCAUGGGGAUACCUACUAAUGUUUAUAACAGUAAAACUUUUCCCAGAUAUUUUGUAUUUGAUAGGAAUAUCAAAUAUGUUCUUCUUUUUGUCAUUUGCAUGCCUUCUUGGCUUCAUUUACAUAUUUUUACUUUUGCCUGAAACUUUGGGAAAGAGUUUUUCUGAAAUUGAAGAGACAUUUAAAUAAUAUUUCUUUUACUUGGAAAUUCUAGAAUAAAUGUAUGAAGAACAAAUAGACACACAACUGCACUUGUUUAGUGUCUGAAAAGAUUAUGGAACAAACAUACUGUCAGAUUGAUCUAUUGAUUUAUAUUAAAGCCAUUGCUGUAGUUUGAACCAAAGAAUCAAAGUAGCCUAUAAUCAUCUUUACACCUGUCAGAUAUGAAAUUAUUUUUUUUCCAGAAGCAACAUCUAUUGCUAUAUUGUGUAAUUUUGACUUAGAUUCUGUAACAGAAAUGUAUAGUACUGGGGAGGGGAUGUUUGAAAGUACUUAAAGUAUACUAUUGUUUUGUUACCAGUGAAAUAUCUAUUUAUGAAGUUGAGAGAAACAUUGUUUUUAUUGAAAAUAUAAAACUUAAAACAUU